CAUUCUCAUUGUUAUUACUGUAUGUGUUUGUGUGAGUAGACAAGAAGAUAUUGGUGCUUCCAAGGUUUCUUAAACGCCUUUUGACGUCACGUCAACUUCUGGGAAAGAUCUGCGGGCAUGAUGGGUUUGGAGUUUCUGCUUGGUUGCAGCUGCAGAACCCAGGUCACAUAACUGGCCCGGAUGCAUUGGACCAUCAGCGACAUAAAGCAGAACUGGCGUUCGAUGUAUGUGAGUCUGCCCACUGCGCGCCACAUGCGUAAUAACGCACGAUGCCCCUGAGUUGUAACAGUUUUCAUGUGAAUCUGUUGGCGGAGAGAGAACAUCACACGUUCUUCACACCAACGCUGCCACAUCUGCGCGUCUGUGUCCCCGCUGGACAGCUCUCAACACGUCCAUGGAUAAAAAGCACCACCAGGCACCAGGAUGGUUGUUGUUGGAGCGAGUAACGGAACUUUUUCAGCUGACAACUUGAGGUCUGCGUUCAUGAUCGAGGAUAAGGUCGGCGGAGGGGACCCGGGCUUCUCCACCAGCAUGAUGAUCUCUGAAGCUCUGGCGCCUAAGCUGCUAAAAAUUGCACAGGACGCCGCAGAGGCUGCGGCAGCAGCGGCGGCAGCGGCCACUUCUCCGUCCUCCUCCAGUCAGCCGCAGGUCAUGGAGACGAACGGGACGCGCUGUGGGGAGCAGAUCCUGAGCUACGGGCGGGUGGAGAAGGUCCUGAUCGGCGGGGUGCUCACCAUGCUGACGCUGUCCACCAUCUGCGGGAACCUGCUGGUGGUCAUCUCGGUGUGCUUCGUGAAGAAGCUGCGCCAGCCUUCCAACUACCUGAUCGUGUCUCUGGCCCUGGCGGACCUGUCCGUGGCGCUGGCCGUGAUGCCGUUCGUCAGCAUCACGGACCUGAUCGGCGGUCAGUGGAUCUUUGGGCAGUUUUUCUGCAACGUUUUUAUCGCCAUGGAUGUGAUGUGCUGCACCGCGUCCAUCAUGACUCUGUGCGUAAUCAGCAUCGACAGGUACCUUGGCAUCACUAAACCUCUGACGUAUCCUGUUCGCCAGAACGGCUGCUGCAUGGCCAAGAUGAUCCUAUCAGUGUGGCUCCUCUCUGCCUCCAUCACCCUGCCCCCACUCUUCGGCUGGGCACAGAAUGUCAACGAUGGCAGAGUUUGCCUCAUCAGCCAAGACUUUGGCUACACCGUCUACUCUACGGCCGUGGCCUUCUACAUCCCCAUGUCGGUCAUGUUGAUCAUGUACUACAGGAUCUACAGAGCGGCUAAACUCAGCGCAGCCAAACACACCAUCACCGGCUUCCCCAGGGAAGGAGAGCACCGCGCAGGGGCGGCCCACCGAGGGGGGAGAGGGGUGCACGAGCCCCGGCAGCCCUCAGAGUCAGGAGAAACGGGAAGCGUUGAGGCAACGGAGACGGAGCUUUGUGAGGAGGAGGAGGAGGCGGAGGAGAGCCUGGACUGUGUGGCAGCAGCGUUGAAGCUGCAGCGGGAGGUGGAGGAGGAGUGCAGCAGCCGCGUCUCCCGCCUUCUCAAGAGCACCGAGCAUCACCAGCGGCGGAAAAGGAAGAACCAGUCCAUCUUUAAGCGGGAGCAGAAAGCGGCGGCCACUCUGGGCAUCGUGGUCGGCGCGUUCACCUUCUGCUGGCUGCCGUUCUUCCUGGUGUCCACGGCCAGACCGUUUGUCUGCGGCGUGGAGUGCAGCUGCGUGCCGCUCUGGUUGGAGAGGACUCUGCUUUGGCUCGGGUAUGCCAACUCGCUCAUCAAUCCCUUCAUUUACGCCUUUUUCAACCGCGACCUAAGGACCACCUACAGCAACCUGCUGCGCUGCCGCUACAGGAAUAUCAACCGGAAGCUGUCAGCGGCUGGCAUGCAUGAGGCUUUAAAGCUGGUGGAGAAGCCAGACACUGACGCCUGAAGCGGCGCCGCUGCCAAUUAGCAGAGCUGCAAAAACAUCCAGAGGGCCUCUUAGGAUAGGACAAAACCAAGCCUGCCACACUGAUUAUUUUCUCCAUAUGUGUGAUGGUUGCUGAAGCGAGAGGAGAAGGGAAAAUGAUGGAUGCAAGUGAUGGUGCACUUAGGAAAUUAAGAUAUUUUCCUUAAAAAUAAAGGAUAAUUAAGGAUGUUUGUAAAGAUAAAUAGUACAGCUGACUGGAUUUUGUUACUUUGGCCGCUGUCUGCACAAAGCUGGCUUCAUACUCCUCUGUCUGGAUGGAUGAAAAUCCACCAACUCAUUUCCUGCUGCCUUUUAUUUUCAGUUUGAGCCACGGAGAACAAAACAAGGCAGCAACGCCAAGUCUGUUCACCUGUCGGGUUUUC